AAUAAAGAAUCAAGUCUUAACAUGUCCUUGAUUACCAAAAGGAGGAAAGGAGAGAAUGGGACGAGUACGAGCUUAGUUCGGUCUGCAGGUCUGACUGGCGGGAAAGUUCUCUACACAGACUCUCCAAUAGAACUUCUCGGACAUGAGAAUGGACCGUCACUUAGUGCUCGCUUCAAUGGGUCUGGUGAUAUGAUUGCCACUUCUGGAACCGAUAAGAAGAUUCUAUUAUGGUCAUUACCGACCCACGAUGAUGAAAACUGUAAUUUCGGGGUACUUUCUGGCCAUAAGGGCGCAGUGACAGCCGUGCGAUGGCUCGAAGACCAAUCAACAUUGUGCUCAUCGAGUGCGGAUGCUACCGUUGGGUUCUGGGAUACAACCACGGGACAAAGGAUUCGUAAGUGUACGGGCCAUGAACUCUGUAUCAAUGAGGUGGACGUUUCGAAGGAAACAGGAGUGGCUCUAAGUGUAUCAGACGAUGGAUGGACAUGUUUAUGGGACCAAAGACAGCGUGAAUCUAUAUCUUCUAUCGAACUGUCAUAUCCACUCCUUUCAGGGACAUUCAAUAGACUGGGCCAAGUAUUUUACGUAGCAGGGAUUGAUCCUACAGUUAGGGCUUUCGAUGUGAGAGAUAGUUCUAAACCCUUAUGGGAAUGUGCUGCCGAAGGUGGAGACUCAAUCACAUCACUUGCAGUCAAUGGUGAUGACUCUGUUCUUCUCUCGCGAGGAAUGAAUGGAUAUAUAAAUACCUACAGUGCUAAAGAGUUUGUUCCUGAGGGAAUUCCACGAGCUAACCCAUAUGUGUAUGACGGUGCACCAUCGGGCCAAGAACAACAGCUUAUUCGUGCACAAUUCAGUACUGAUAACGUUUCGAUAAUAUCAGGUUCAGAGGACAAAACUGUAACUGUGUGGGAUUUUGCAUCGAGGAAAGUCACUAAAAAACUACUGGGACAUGUAAGUACCGUAAUCAGCAUUGACCACCAUCCAUCAGAAAAUUUGAUUGUAUCUACAAGUGUGGAUGGAACAGUCAUAAUAAGGGAGUUCUAGAUCGUGACGGUACCAUGUAUAUAUAUGUAAUAUAAACGAAGCAUACAAUCAAACUGUAGCAGUCUUUACUAGGAAGAGAAGUCUUUGACGGUGUUCUAUUAUAGAUAUAUUCAUAUAUUAAGU